CUUUCUUUUUCUGGAAUUUGUUCUAUGCCCACUUUCAGUUGUGUAAACAGAAGCUGUGACACUUUUCCUUACAUCAUCUCCAUUACCACAUUUCUCUUAUAAACUUCAAAUGCAUUGAAUUAUUAUUAUUAUUAUUAUUAUUAUUAGAGUCUUGAAUUAUUAUUAUUUUGCAGUUUUUUGUGUUAGAAAACUCGAAAUGGCAUCUAGAAGAAUUGUAAAGGAGCUCAAGGAACUGGAAAGAGAUCCACCUAGUUCUUGCAGUGCAGGUCCAAUUGCACAAGAUAUGUUCCAUUGGCAAGCAACAAUUUAUGGUCCAAACGAGAGUCCUUAUGCAGGAGGUGUUUUCCUCGUGAACAUCCAUUUUCCACCCGAUUAUCCCUUCAAGCCUCCUAAGGUAGCCUUUAAGACGAAGGUAUUCCAUCCAAAUAUUAAUAGCAAUGGGAGUAUUUGCCUUGAUAUACUAAAGGAGCAAUGGAGCCCUGCACUCACCAUAUCCAAGGUUCUGCUGUCAAUAUGUUCUCUGCUGACGGAUCCAAAUCCAGAUGAUCCAUUGGUUCCAGAGUUUGCUCACUUGUACAAGACUGAUCGAACUGCAUACGAAACCAUGGCUCAUAGCUGGACUCAGAAGUAUGCAAUGGUCUGAGCCUUGUUUAGCCUUGACAUUAGUUUAACAGAUUAUUUUCUCUAAUAAACCUGAGUAAAUAAUGUCAAGGCUAAAAAAAUUAUUCCGAAAUUUAUAUUUUCUGAAAUCUAAAACUAAUUAUGAAUUUGUAACUCAUUUGGAGUAUACAAUUACUGGAGGCACCACACAAACCAUUCAGCCAAACGUGUAUCAAUAAAAUUGUUUUGUUAGGAUAAUUGGUAUCUACGUGCCCAAUUGUCAGACAAAGAUACUUUAAAUUAGGUGAAAUGAAGAGCUCAAAUAGCAUAACUUAUCAAUAGUAUGUAUUAUUUAGGCUACAAAAAAUGUGAAGCGUUUUUUAAUUUGAUAUCCUUAUUCGCUAUGAAAGUUCAUAAUCUUUAGCCUUGAGUAUUGUUGAGAAGUUUAAGCUUUUUCAUUGUCCUAGUGAUGUCCUUGAAACAAAUAAAGUGGAAUGUUUGUUCAAUCA